AUGCGAGGCAUAAACCCACCUGAUGAUUUAAUUGAAGAACAUAUCAAAUUAUAUGAACGUUCUUGUUUCAAAGAUUAUGAGUUGAUUGGCGAAGGAGGAUCCGGAAAAGUGUACCGUGCUAUUCGCAGAAAUAGUGAAGUUAUUGUCGCAUUAAAAUCAUUUAAAAAUGAUGUGGCCAUUAAAGAGGCCGUUAAAGAGCUUAAAUUACACAGUAGAGUGGAUAUACAUCCUAACAUUAUACGUCUAUACGGUGUUACUAAAAAUAAAGAUUCAAGUACCAAUGGUGGGCAAGCUAUAAAUAGAAAUGCUCGAGAUAGGACUCAAAAAAUUUAG